AUGGCCGUUUCCGAAAUAUAUGUUAAAGAGCGUCUGCCGCUUCGGAGCUACCGUGGCCUCUUGCAGACAUGUCGAAAGACAUACUUCGAAUUCAAACAAGCAAUACAACAUCUGGCGGCGUCCAAGCAACUAGACUACGAACUGGACAUGACAUUCUCGCACGGCCGGCCGUACUUCGCCUUGACGUGGGUAUGGUUUCCUGGACUAUCUGCCACCAUUAACUCGCUCGUUGUCAAUGUGGACCUGCGCAUCCGGGAGCCCUUUUACUACGAAGGACACUUCCAGUCUCCGCACGAUCACGAACUGACUCACUUGAUUGAAGACGUACCCGAAAGCUUCGCGGUGCAACUGUUCGACUAUAUUGCCAUUUUGCUCAAGACGCUAGCGAAUCUUCUUUCUUACGGCGAUCCAAGAUUCAAUCUUUUGUAUACCGAGAAUCUAGUCCUGAACUUCCGCACACCGACGACGAUGGUGCCGGGCCUGGAGGUACCGCGGGCGGAACAGCGUCGUGUGAACGUGGACGCGGAAGAAGCAGAGGACCUGCUUGAAACGAUGCAGACUACGCUCAAGGCGAAUGCGAAAGCUUUCGGGGCAUUUGCUGCUACCCAGUGUGGGCUUCUAUCGCCAUUGAUCCAGAUUGGGUCGCUCCAAUUCGCGAUAGAAGGCGUGGUGUGGGGCGAAGGACAUAACAUGAUUCUUGCACAUAACGACUUUCAGUGGCUGCAGUAUUGA